AUGAAACCAUUACAACUCAUCAAGAACUUCGCAAAGAAACUCAUCAAGAAACUCACCAACUCAUCAUCAUCAUCCUCCAUCAAUCCAUCUGACCUAGAGCGCAUCGACGACCUCAGCAGCAUCGGCAGCCGCACCGUCCUUCUCGUCCGCCACCGUCCCACCAACCAACUAUACGCCCUCAAGAUCAUCUAUGGCUUCAACGAGGAGAUCGCCCGUGAGAUUGAGAUCCUCCGCACAACAGACAAUCCCUUCAUCAUCCGCUGCAUUGGCAUCUUCCAUAGUCGCGACGACAUCCGAAUCCUCCUUGAAUACAUGGACAAGGGCCACAUCGGCAGGAUAGGCAGAGUCCCUGAAUCAACCCUUGCUAACAUAACCUACCAAAUCCUUCAAGGCCUCGCCUACCUUCAUGGCCAAAAGAUCAUCCACCGCGACCUCAAGCCCGAGAAUAUCCUCAUCAACGGUCAGAACGAGGUCAAGAUUUCCGAUUUCGGUUUAAGCCGAUUCCUGACCGGAGAGAUACGCAUCUGCUCAUCAGUCGUGGGGACGAUCAAGUACAUGAGCCCAGAGCGUCUCGAAAAGGAACCCUACGACGGAUACGCCAGCGAUAUCUGGAGCUUUGGAAUUUCUAUUCUGGAAUGUCAUUUGGGGAGAUUUCCGGUCGGUGUGUAUGAUAACUACUCGGAUUGUAUUAUGCAUGGGACAUUCUCAGGCGAGUCGCCGGCUAAUACAUCAGAGAAGUUCAAGAGCUUUAUCAAGUGUUGCUUGAAGAUAGAACCAUCUGAACGUUGGACUGCACAGCAACUGCUGAAUCAUCCAUUCAUUACAGAACGGGAUGGCGGCGGCAAUGCCCAGCCUUUCAACGAUCGGAAUCCACAGGCAGCUUCUUCUUCUUCCUCGAUUCAUCGGCAUCCGUGA